CUUACGGUCACACUAGCUUUAUAAUCAAACAAAAGAAACAAAAAGAAUUGAAGUUGACUUUUUACCGCUAACUACGAUUAAACAAGAGCCGCCUGACAGCAUGGAGCAAAUGGAAGUGGAUGUGGACAUGUCGGCCAAGCCGAGCACCUCGUCAGCCUCCGGCAGCGCCACCAACUCACAGGAUCCGACCCCAAACCAGAAUCCCGCGGCGGAGCAGCCGCCCAAGGGAAAUAUCAUGGCUGCGCCGGGUAUCAGCGGUUCGGUGACCAUUUCUCUGCACCCGCUGGUCAUAAUGAAUAUAUCGGAGCACUGGACACGUUUCCGGGCGCAGCACGGCGAGCCGCGCCAGGUGUACGGAGCCAUAAUUGGCAAGCAGAAGGGACGCAACAUUGAGAUUAUGAACUCAUUCGAGCUCAAGACGGACGUAAUCGGGGAUGAAACGGUAAUCAACAAGGACUACUACAACAAGAAGGAGCAGCAGUACAAGCAGGUUUUCAGCGAUCUCGACUUCAUAGGCUGGUACACAACCGGCGAGAACCCCACGGCGGAUGACAUAAAGAUUCAGAAACAGAUCGCCGCCAUCAACGAGUGUCCCAUUUUGCUGCAGCUUAAUCCCCUCUCCCGGAGUGUUGACCAGCUCCCAUUGAAGCUGUUCGAAUCGCUCAUCGAUCUGGUGGACGGCGAGGCCACCAUGCUGUUUGUGCCCCUCACCUACACACUGGCCACAGAGGAGGCAGAGCGCAUCGGAGUGGAUCAUGUGGCACGUAUGACCUCCAACGAGUCGGGAGAGAAGAGUGUGGUUGCCGAACAUCUGGUGGCCCAGGACAGCGCCAUUAAGAUGCUGAACACUCGGAUCAAGAUCGUCCUCCAGUACAUUCGGGACGUCGAGGCCGGCAAGCUGCGGGCGAACCAAGAGAUUCUACGUGAGGCUUACGCCCUGUGCCACCGACUGCCCGUGAUGCAGGUGCCCGCCUUCCAAGAGGAGUUUUACACGCAGUGCAACGACGUCGGACUGAUCAGCUAUCUGGGUACCCUCACCAAGGGCUGCAACGACAUGCACCACUUCGUGAACAAGUUCAACAUGCUAUACGACCGCCAAGGAUCCUCACGCCGCAUGCGAGGCCUCUACUAUUGAUGUGCUGCCCCCCAUUAAAGCCCCCGAUAAUGUACGAUG